CCCUUCGUAGUACUCUUGGAAAGAGGUGAGCUUAUCCUUGUUUGCGGUGUAACUUGGGGUAAGGCUGUACUCAGUGAAGUUAAAUUUUAUUAAUAUAUCUUGUUGUAUAAAUAUCAAAAUGUCUGAAAGCGGAGUGGUUCCGAAAAAAAUGAGGAAAGUUGAAGGGGCAGGUCCAGUUGGUGACACAGAUGAAAGUAGUAGGGAUUUCGACCCUGAGACUCAGAAGUCUUUAGAAGAGAUUGAUGCUUGUCAGAAUGAGAUCGACGCACUCAAUGAGAAAGCAAGUGAAGAAAUCCUCAAAGUAGAACAGAAGUACAACAAGUUACGGAAACCUUUCUUUGAGAAAAGGAAUGAACUCAUAAAGAAAAUUCCAAAUUUUUGGGUCACAGCGUUUGUCAACCAUCCACAAAUCUCUGCUGUUCUUGAUGAGGAGGAGGAGGAGUGUUUACAUUUCUUGACUAAGUUGGAGGUGGAGGAGUUUGAAGACAUAAAGUCUGGCUAUAGAAUCAAAUUCUUCUUUGAUGAAAACCCAUAUUUUGAAAAUGAUGUUUUAAUCAAAGAAUUUCAUUUAGGAUCAUCAGGUGAUCCUGCAUCACAGUCUACUCCUAUCAAAUGGAAAGAAGGGAUGGAUCUAACUAAAAAGCAGAAAGAGAGACAAAGUCAAAUGAAAAAUAACCGCAAGAGACCACAUGAACAUCCUCGAACAUUUUUCUCAUGGUUCACAGACCAUGGAGAUGCUUCAGCUGAUGAUAUUGCUGAGGUAAUAAAAGACGAUAUGUGGCCAAAUCCUCUCCAGUAUUUUUUAGUUCCCGAUAUUGAAGUGGAAGAAAAUGGACUAGAAGGAGAGGAUGAAGAGAGUGAAGAAGAAGAAGUGGAUGACUCUAUUGUUGUAGUUGAAGAGGAGGGUGAAGGAGAUGAUGAUGAUGAAGAUGGAGAAGGUGAAGAUGUUGAAGAUGAGGAAGCAUAUGAAGAAGGAGAUGAUGAUGGAGGAGAAGGAGACGAGUGAAGAAACCGGAGACUCCAGUAGAUGUUACACAACACUGCUCCGCUUAAUCCUUCAAAAACACAGCUUGUAAAGUGACAUUCUAUCAUCACAUCAUAUUGUUCUGUUUGUUUUUCAGAAAAUAAAUCAUUAAAGCUUUUAUAUUGAAAUUCCACCUAAACACAACAAAAUGGAUUGGAUCAUAUGAGGCUAAGCCCACUAGUGUUUUAUUGGGAUAUACAUUUUACAAUAGUAAAGAGCUGUGGUCUUUAAGCCUCACUUUUAUGUAUUUAACUGAUAAGUAAAACUCCCAAAGACAACCAUCUGUAUGUACAGACCGAAUAGGCUCUUUUUAAUUGUGGUGGUGGGGGGGGGACAAUUUCUAAAUCUGUGAAUUUUUAAUAGAAAAACAAAAGAUGGGGAGUCAUUGCCACUAGAUAUAUUUUAAAUAAUAUCUUAGUUUUGUACCAUAUAACUUCCUUGUACUGACAGUAAUACUUUCACUUCCAUAAAGAAGAGACAUUUAGUGUUUCAUAACUUAAAAUACAAAACUUUUAUGUACAGUUAUGCUGGAUGUUCUUCAUGUUUGUAAAUUUUUAUAUGGCUUUGCUCUACCACAGCACAGUGCAUCAGAUUUUUCUUGCUUGAUUUUAAAAAAUGUAUGUUCUAUCUUUUUUCUGUCUCAUUUCUCACAUUCAGAUUCAGUGUUGAAAUCAACUCAUUAUUACAGGUGUGGGUAUACAGUUGAAGUAUAGUAAACCCUUAUUUUAUGUAUUCAAAAAGACCUUUUGCUCACUAGGUAUAUCAUAUUUAAUGUUUAUGGUAAAUUUAAACUUUUGUCAAUGAUUUUUUUAAAUGUCAUGAUUUUUCAGAAUCUUUAAAACAAUUAUGAACAUUUAGAAGUAUAUGUAACAUCUUCCUGUAUUAGGCUUACUCAAGGUAAGUUUUAAACUACAGUCAUUAUUGCUUUGAUAUUGUUUCUUUUUUUGAAUUGAACUAUGAUUUUUGAUAGUAUUUGCCUUGGAAGAGUACAUGUGUGAUAUAAAUCUGAAGAAAACCAUGGAAACCCCUUUUGUUGUUGGUUUACAAUCUAAUGUAAGAUAUGACUAAAAUUUAUAAUGUAUUUCAUUCCAGUUUGAUAACAGAUGAAAGUGUAAUUUUCCCAACCAAUAAUAAUAAUUACAUGCCUUACUCAAAUUAAUAAAUUGGUGGGGAUGGGAUUUUCUACCUGUUGUAGAAUAUCAAAAGUACAAAGUUUUCUAUGGUAUUGUUCAUAACUUAUCAAAACAUAGACUAAGUUUUGACUAAAUACUUUAAAAAAGGACAUUUGAUCAUUUUGUGUGAAAGAACAGAGAGUUUGGAUGUUCAUUCAAAUGGUUAAAGCAAUGAAUUUUUGGUAGUAAUACUUUUGUCCUCUGUAUGAGAAACAUCUUGUUCUUAAUUAAAAGUAUUCAAUAUUUUCUUGUUUUCUUGAUUUGCUAACAAAUUUGGAUUACUUGAUGCAUUAAUUACUGGUGUCCAAAUUUCUCCUGUUUAAAGAUGUUCAACUUGUUUAGAAUGUUUGCUUGUGAGAUAACAUGAUUUAGUGGAAAAAUAUGAUAACCUGUUGACAGUUCUGAUAAACUGCUAGCUUAAUGUGUGUGUGUGAUUCAAAUCUCUGUCAUCACUGAGAGUGUUGCUGUUAUAAAAGUAGAUAAUAAUGUUGUAGAAUAACAGAUUUUAUCCUUUUGUUCAUCUUUGAUGUAGCCAAGUAUAUAUACAGUAUAUUUCCAAAACUGUUAAGUUUAGAUUUUAUGAUUUUUGGUUUCUGAAAAUCAGCUUUGACAAUUGUACUGAAUCUUAACUACUGUUAUCUUUGGUACAUAUGGAUGAAGAAGAAAAAAAGUACGCUACUUCUGUACAUGUGACACAAAAUAACCAAUAAUUGGACUUCUAUAAACUUAGUCUGUUGUCAAAAUUUAUUAAUAAAUUAGCUUUGAUUUUAAUUUAAUUUUUUAAAAUAUCUGACUGGUCACAACUAGCAGAGUUUUCACACAGAUUUCAUAAAUAUAUAUGAUAUACGUGUUAGUGUGUGAUUCAAAGAAAUUGUUAAUGGUGUCAUUUAUUAUGAAGAUUCAGAGUAAUCCAUCCCAUACAGUGCUUUCAAACCACAAAUAAAAUUAAUUUGUAUAUAAUGA